AUGGCCGCGUCGUUAGGUUGGACGCCAGAAGAGGGCUCAGCCGUCAUCUGUGUGAUCAUCGUAAUGAAGAUGGUCAUCAGCUAUACGGACAAAGUGCUCGGCCGUGGCGGCCACGAAUUGGAGUCGGUUCGGUCGCAGGGUGCUGCGGAGGAGAAGAACAUUCUCCUCAAGUACGCGUGGCACGACACCUCCGAGGGAGUAGAAGGGUCCAGGGGCAUCGAGCCCACCGCAGUCCUACGCUUGCAACAGGAGGUCUAUGCAGAUCUGAUGAGCCCCGAAGGCCAGUGGGCGCGAGCGCUUUCAAAAGGCGUCACAUUUGAAAGGCUGAUGGAGAGCCAGCCAUUGUGGAGGCACUUCUGGUCUCGCUCCGAAUUCCGGAUGCGAGUGGGCUUCGAAAUGGAACAGAAGGACGGAUGGGUGGUGCCCCUGCAGCGCGUCAUGGACCCUUCUGAUGACACCAGCCCGGUUUCUGCUGCGACUUUAGCCAAGCAAAGUCUGGUUCACUGGUGCCCAGAUGAGACCGAGCUGGCAAAGCGCCUCUUGCGGCCCCCCAUCAGGGUUGAUGAGCAGGGAGUGAGGUUCCGCCAAGUCCAGGGCUGGUCGUUGGGCAGGCAAGACUGCAUCCGCGUCCUAUAUGACCCGGGCAUGGAGAAGAAUCCGACUGGCUUCCAGCAGCUUAUUGAGUUCACGAUUACUCCCAAGGCUCUGGAGAUCGGCGAACAUGGCGCCAGGUGGACGAACGGGGCUCAGAUCGACUACCAGCUGAUUGCUGUAGUCAGGCUUGGCCCUCCUGUAUACAUCAGGACAUAUGACAAGUCUGGGAAGUACAGCGUCCCCAGGGCUUUGUCCUCGCAGGCCGUGCUAUGCCUGAACAAUGACUGGGAAUUGGGACAGUCCGGCUCUAAGUACAUGCUGUACUAUGUCCUCGCCAGCAGUACGGAUCCCGAGGUUGAGCCAGCAGAAGAGAAGCCGCCCCCGAUGUCGAAGCGCGGGUUGGCUAGGGUUGCUAAUACCCAGCAACCAAAUACGGGCCUCUCUAGCAUCUCCUCGCUGCCGCCUGCGGAUGCUCCCAAGGAGCCAAAGGCCCACCGGAACCGGGCCGCGGCGAAGGCUCAGGCGGACAGACCUGGCCUGAACCCCAAUUAUAUGCCGCUCGGGGCGCCUAGGUCUCGGCGAUUUCGCGAGGAGUCACCGGCCGGGCCUUCUGGUCAGCAUGGCGAGUCUGCGGGAGGCUCCGAUGCUGCAGACGCUCCGGCUAUCGAGAAAGCCCCCAGGCCGCAGAGGUUCGACCUGCGGCGAAGGUCAGAUCAUCCGGGUGCACGUGAGGGCUUCCGGACACCGUUGGUGGACCCUGGUUGGGGUCCGCGACGGUGGGUAGGCGAGCCGGUCGAAUACGAUGAUAUGGAGCGCCCUCCUCGUUCUCAAGGCCUGCACCUCCGAGUCGGGCGGUGCCUCAACCUGAGAAUCCCCGGGCUCAGCCUGGGAAUGCCGGAGCUCAGCCUGGGAAUGCCGGAGCUCAGCCACGACGGACCUCACAUGUGGUACGCGGGCACACGCCCCGAUCAGCCAUUCAAGAAGAGGAGAAGGCUCGAGGAAGACGACAUGUAA